CACCAAAAUCCGGAAGAAAUACUAAUAAACUGGAAAAUGAAAACGACCAUCGUCUUCACUUCCCCAAUAAUGCCAUGUGAACCCACGUAGUCCCUACACAAAACAAAAAAAAAGACCCCCUUUCUUCCCUCUGCUCUGUAUAUAAGAAAACCAGAGGCCCUCCUUCCUCCUUCCAUUCACAGGACAGGGCAACCCCCCUCCAUUUUUUACUUACUUAAAAUUACCCCAAAAAGCUCCCUCAUUUUCCACCCCCCCUGCAAUUUCCCCAAUACCCACCAAUCCAUAUUAUUGAAUACAUUGGUGAUGAUGGAGGCUGCAGGUCGUCGUGGUACAAAGUACAGAAGCCAGCAGGUGGCGCCAGUUUUGUCCCUCAUUGUCAUUACCAUCUUCUUCUUCUCCUCUCUGUUUCUCGCCACAGCCGAGUCCUCGUCACCACACCACAGCAGCAUCAGCGACAACAACAACCACCUCGACGAUGUUCGGUACAAUGUGACGAGGCUGAAAGGGAGGAAGCAGACCAGCGGCGGCUGCAAUUUGUUCCAGGGGAGAUGGGUCGCCGACAGCUCCUACCCUCUCUACGACUCGGCGGCCUGCCCUUUCGUGGACGACGAGUUCGAUUGCCAGAAGUUCGGCCGCCCUGAUACCCAGUACCUCAAGUACUCCUGGCAGCCCGACUCCUGUAACUUGCCCAGGUUCGAUGGCGGGGAUUUCCUGGAGAGGUGGAGGGGGAAGAAGCUGAUGUUCGUGGGUGACUCGCUGAGCCUCAACAUGUGGGAAUCGCUGUCUUGCAUGAUUCAUGCCUCGCUGCCUAAUGCGAGGACCAAAUACGCAAGAAGUUGGCCGUGUCAAUCCAUAUGUUUGCAGGAUUACGGGGUGACACUGUACAUGUACCGGACGCCGUACUUGGUGGACAUAAUCCAAGAAAAUGUCGGAAGGGUACUGACGUUGGAUUCCAUUAGAGCAGGGAAUGCAUGGAAAGGGAUGGACGUGCUCGUCUUCAACUCCUGGCAUUGGUGGACUCACACCGGCGCCAAAUCUCAAGGGUGGGACUACAUCAGAGACGGAUCGUCGCUAUCCAAAGACAUGAACAGGCUAGAUGCAUUCAACAAAGGUUUGAAUACAUGGGCUAAAUGGGUGGACAACAAUGUCGACCCUGCCAAGACCAAGGUCUUCUUCCAAGGGAUCUCCCCCACCCAUUAUCAAGGCCAGGAGUGGAAUCAACCAAAGAGGACUUGUAGUGGAGAAGCAGAGCCCUUAUCCGGGUCAAUUUAUCCCGCCGGUUCACCUCCAGCUGCUGCAAUUGUGAACAAAGUGUUGAUGACAAUGAAGAAACAAGUAUAUCUACUAGACAUAACGACUUUGUCGCAGUUGAGGAAAGAUGCUCACCCUGCUGCUUAUGGUGGUGGUGGAGGCACAGAUUGCAGCCACUGGUGCUUGCCUGGACUGCCUGAUACCUGGAACCAGCUCCUUUAUGCAGCUCUCAUCAUGUGAUCAUAAACACAACAAUAGAACUUAGUCUUCUCCUAAUAGUUUUUGGUUUGCCUUCAUCAUUCAUCUCUCCACCGUCGCAUAUCCCUCGUAUUAAGCAUACGGGGUUGCGUCAAUAAGGAGUAUAGUUUGAUUUGCAAAGUGAUUGGUUUCCUAAAGACAAUAAUUUGUCAAUAGAUAGGUAAUGAUUGAAAAGUGCUGAUAACAUCUGUAAUCACAUAAGUGAUAAUGGUUAGAAGUGAGAAUUGAAAGUCUGUAAAAGAUGAUGUUUGGUUGUAAUGUGUCAUAUACCUUGCCUGAAGGCCACAGGGAGACUGCAGUAAGAUCUAAUAAGUUUGUCCCAAAGUGUUAUAUAAUAGCAAUGCAUUCUCAAUAACAUUCUUCUCAG